GGAAGUGGUAGAGACGUGGAACCCGUACGCUGCGAUCGUGGUCUAUGGCGACACGUGACACAGCACCGUAGUCGUCGACCUCGUACUUUCCGGUCUACCACUGCCAGCCCUUGGUCAUACAACGGCGGACCCUCACGCUGACAGCGAGUGCGCGCAUGAAUGUGCCUAGCUUGUCAUGUUGCUAGACGAGUCUUUUGCCGCUCUGCGUACAACCCCGCAAUUGCCUUCGCACCUGCGAGGACAUGCUUAGCUUGCCAUAGGAGCCUUGCCGUCCCGCGCUACUGGUUUAUUUCUCUUGAAGGACAUCGUGCGGUGCAUUGUGCCCGCAAGGCGCCGGAGUCGUCGCCUCCUACCACCGUGACUCCGGAGGAGCCCAAAUCCUCUGGUCGUAAUUUGUCUUUGUCUGACGCCGACUUAGAGGCACGUUUGGCUACGGUUGCCUACCAGGAAGGCAAACGGUUGGCGCUGAGCCUACACAAACGAUACAAGAAGAACGGCUACGUGACGACUCAGCGAACGCUCCGCGCACUCCUUAGCGAAAGCUUUGACACGGAACUGCUGGAGUUCUACGAGAAAGCACUCUGUCUCAAGGCGGAUGCUACUGUGUGGGCAAAGCUGGUCCAUAACGCGUCCGUCAAAUCUAGCGCUGCCACUGCUGUUGCUCUCUAUGAAACGGCUCUGAAAAGCGGUGUCCGCCCAUCGACGGCGCUGCUGCACCCUGUACUCCGCGCCCUAUGCUCAGGGAGCCUUCGACCGCCUACCGAGGCCUCCAUCGACCGUGCCAUCGACCUGUACCGGCAAUUCACAAAGGUUCACCAGGAUGCGGAAUCUAUCCCCGGUGACGGCCCCACGUCCGAUGCCGCACAGGACCAGACAGAGGAGGGCCGCCGAAAAAGCAAUGUUCCGACGCCUGACAUUGCUAUUUACAACACUCUUCUACGCGCUGUGGCAUCCUCAGCGAAUAUCAAGAAGUACUUUCCUAUCGCCUUAUCCCUGGUGGAAGACCUACAUUCCCGCGACCUCGCCAUCGACGCGAUGACCUCGACAUCACUCAUCGUCCUUCUCAUGCGCACCUCUCCGACGUACAAAGAGGCCUACGAGGCCUAUCGGUCCUUUACCCAGUCCGGGAAGCACCAUCUCGACGCAAAAGGCUACGCCGCCGUAUUGCAUACCUUCUACCACAGAGUCCCUUCCACUCAGAUUCCUUCUGCUCACCUCUUCUUCCAAAUCAUCAAGGAUAUGCGCGCAGCCGGCUUCCCUGCGUCGGCAGAGGUGUACAACAUGGUCUUGCAACGACUCGCGAUAUUCGCUAGUAAGAUCUCUGCCAACGCCAAGGUUCCUCUGGAGGAUCGCCAGGCAGAGCUCACACGAGUGGCCGCGCAAAUUAAGCAUGUGCACCAGGCGCUCCGUCUUGAUUCGCUCACACCCGAUACCAAGCUAUGGACCCAGUUGAUGGACACGUACCAACGCGCGCAGUGUUUCGAGGACGCGCUGUCCAUCUGGGAUAUCAUGUAUCACUCGUCGCUCCACGACAACGCCAGUGUCAGUGUCAUCCUGGACGCUUGUGCGUACGCCAAUGCGUACGGCAGGGCGACGAAGAUCUGGGACGACCUCACGGCGACUCGCUUCCCACUGAACAUGCGGCACUGGAAGGCGUGGCUGGAGUGUUUGUGCCGGAUGGGUCGUUUCGAGGAGGCGUUGAAGGUCCUGUGCAUAGAGAUGGAUGCGUGGAGGGGACAGUACAAGAUCGCUCCAGACGUCGAAUGCGCGCGCAUCAUUCUCUCUUUUGCGUCACCCAAGAACGAGCAAGAGGUAGUUCUCGAGCGCAUCAAGCAGUAUCUCCCAGAGAUAUGGCGAAAGCUCUAAUGAUCCCUGAGGCAGGAGGGCUAUGUCAUUAUUACAGUAAUAUGUACCGGUAUUCAUACAGAUGGCGCGGCGGUUGAACGUCACGGACGCGCAAGCUCGUCUAGGAGUAUCAGUAGAGUGAUGCACCCCAGGCAUGUCUAUGUGUGUCAUGAAGUAGUAUCUAAUGUGCAGCUGUUUCUUCCACGGAAGGACAGUCACACUGCAAGGCAAAGCGUCAGUGAUGCCCCUUGGUACAUUCGGAGCAGACUCACAAUGAGGUUCAGGUCGCCAUAGG